AUGAAAAUUAAUGAAGAGUUGAAUCAUAAUAAAAAUCAAACAAAAUAUAAAAGAGUAACUGGUGUACAAUUAUAUGUGGAUAACCCAAAUAAAGAUGUUGAAAUUAUAACAAGACUUUGUUUAAAUGGUAAUAUUAAUGAUAUUGAUCAAAUUGGUAAAGAAAUAAUUGAAAUUCCCAUAAUGAUCCGUAAAGAUGAAAAUAAUGAAGGUGAAUUCACUCAAUAUAUAUGUUUAGAAAAUAAAUUAAUUUCAAAACAAUUUUUAAAAAUUAAUUCAACAAAUUAUAAAGAGAUUAAAAGUGCAGAAAAUAUUAUUUAUAAUGAUAUAGAUUGUAAAUCAAUUUGGGAAAUUAAUUCAAAAGUUUAUUAUAGAAAGAAAUAUUAUGAACAACCUUAUAGCGAAUUUGAUGAAUUUGGUAUGGCAACAAUACGUUGUAUAAAUUGUUCAAUUAAAAAUUAUUCAACAAAUCUUAUCAAUGGAAUUCCAAGAUAUAGAGAUUCAAGUAAAAUUUCAUUUGCCUAUGAUUUUAUCUAUUAUGUGAUAGAAGACGGUAUUAUAAGAAAACCAAUAAAAUGUUUAAAAAAUGGUAGUAUUGAUUUCCUUAAAGAAGAAUGUAGAGGGACAUUUAAAAGAAACCGGUAUAAAUUCAAUUCAAGCAUUUCAAGGUUUAAAUUAUUUAAUCUAUACAACAAAUUCAACCAUUGUAAAAUUAAAGUAAUUUUAUUAUUUGAUCAUAAAUAUAAAUUUGGUUAUUGCCAUUGUAGUGGUAAUUUUAUUGGCCAAGAUUGUAAAACUUGUAAUGGUACAAUAAUUAAAAAUUGGAUAUAUGCAACUGAUAAUCCAUAUUGUGUACCAUUCGAUGAUGAAGGAUAUCCAGUUUAUUGUAAUGAAAAUGAUUCAAAUUAUUGGGAAGGUAAAAAACAAAAUUCAAUGUGUAAUUUUGAUAUUUUUGGUGAAAAAUCAAGAUCAAAUUAUUAUUGUAAACAAAGAUAUUGUGUCAAUAAUGAUUCAAUAAAUUUCAAUCCAUGGGAAUUUUUUAUAUUUAAUUGGAAACCUUCUGAUUCAAUUUUUAAAUUUAAAUUAAUAAAAAAAAAAAAAAAAAAAAAAAAAAAAAAGAAAAAGAAAAAGUAA